AUGAGGAAAGCUGAGGUGCAAAUGACCCUGAAAAAGGGGUCAGAUGGAGCUGCGACCCCGAGCCCCAUCAUCCCACCAAAGCGGUCCAAAGUGGGCCCAGAGCAAGUAACCACGGACCCUCGAGGGAUGGGCUAUCCCACCCAAACUCCACCUGUUUUUGCACGCAAAAUGAGGAACGCUGCUGUGGGGACGGGCUGUGACAUCCGUCUGAAGGUGACUGUGGCCGGAGACCCCCAGCCCUCCCUGUACUGGUACCACAAUGAUGAACUCCUUAACAUGGAGAACCAGGAGUACGGAGGGCUCUGGAUUAGGGAUUGCAAACCAAGUGAUGCAGGCCUCUACACCUGCAUCGCCAAUAAUCACGUGGGAGAGGCACGGAGCAGCGCGGUACUGGCGGUCCUGGAUCUGGGGGAAGAUUCUGAAACAACAGAGGAUGAAGGUGACCAAUAUGAGACCAAAGAAGAUAGUUGGGAUGUUGAGGACCAGGCUGUGCAUAAAGUGAUGGACAAAUGUGCAGGAGAUGACAGUAGAACACAUGGACAUGAGGAUCACUCUAACACAACCAGGAGCCAAUCAGAGAAUUUUUCAAGAGAAUCUCCCCCACAAGCCCUCCCACCCCCAUCGCCAAGACUCAUCAAACGUCCCUCCACCUCUCCAAUGCCAAGUCGCUCUGGUUCAACUACACCUAUCAACUUGCGGAAGAAAGUUGUUUUGCCAACUGAUUACCAAGACACAGUUCCCGGGGAGUUUGAAGAAAAAGUCAAGCAACCAAGAUCUCUAUCUCAGAGCAACCUCCAGGAGUCCCGGUCACAGACUCCACUGAGCGAAUACUCCAGGAAAGAAUUUAAUCUCAGACCGUCCCCAAAGCUUACCAGGGCCAGCUCAAAGGUUUUUGAGAAGGUCCGUGGCUUAGAAGAGCGGAGGCGAAGCCUUGAUAUUCCAGAGGGUUCGAUCUCCGCAGGAUCCUGGGCGGGCUUCAAUCGCGCUGGAUCUGUAGAUUCAGAUGAUGGGGGGAGUCGAUUGGGCAUCUCUAGAGAAAGUUCAAGGGAAGAUCUGAGGGAGGCUUUGAAAGAGGAUGCUGCUGAGCGGAGAUCUAUGUUUAGACAGAGAGCUGCUUCCCUGGAGGACAAACCACGCUACACCCAAAAAGUUCAAGACAUUGAGAACAAGUUCACUGAGGAGCUCCAGCGCAUUAAGAAACUAGUGGGUAAACCUCAUAUGAAGAAGUCGUUUUCAACUGAACAGCUCACUCUAAAGGGCAAGCAGCGCCAGCCGUUUAGGAAAAUCGAACCUAUUCCCCCACAAGUCCUUCAGAAGCUCCAAGAAAGGGAGCGUGCCCAGUGGGCAAAGGAACAGAAAGAGAAGGAUCACAGUUCUCAGCCGAUGCAGCAACAGAAAAAUAUAACAAGCACAGGUUCAACUUCUGUAACAGUCAGUAGAUUUGGAGAAGUUGCAGGCACCCCAGAGUCCAUGCAGUUAUCUGACUUACCAGGACAACGAUCAGUGAGAGAAUUAAGUAGAGUCAGUCCAGUAACGGAAAUUGUUCAGAGAUCAUCGUCACCAUCAUUAUAUCAUCAACAAAGGGCAGAGUCGCCGUAUCGCAAGGUUGAACGAAGGCCACCCAGUCCCCUCGUACAAAGAGUAUCUCGAUUGCAAGAAUCCCCGCACUUCCAAGAAUCUCUCGUGUCUCAAAAAGAUGAGAUUUCAGGGAGAAAGACGCCAAUUGAGGUCGCAUUGAGAAGAAUCGAAAACAGACCUGAAAGCCCACUGGUGCAAAAAAGAGUUGUCAUUGUGGAAGAGCUCUCUCCUCAACCUCCUUUGAAACCCCCAAGGAUGUCCCCAGUUACUCCAACGGGGGACAGAAUGGAAGUGGAUCCAGCUAAAACUGCCAUAAAGAUGCAAAUCCCCGCCAUUAUUGUUGAAGAUGAAAAGAUGGAGGUGGAUGUUCCUGUGAAGACAAGUGAGCCUCAGCAGAUCACUGCUAGUGGCAAAGAGGGACGACAGACGAAGACCAAAGGGAAGAACCGUCGCUCUCGACCCUUGUCUCCAGAGUUAGACUCUUCAGAUGAUUCUUACGUAUCUGCUGAAGAAGACCCAAUGGAGGCCCCCGUAUUUGAGUUUCCCCUGCAGGACACUGUAGCAUCUGCUGGUGCAGAUGUGCUAUUAAGAUGCAUCAUUGCUGGCACCCCCAUUCCUGAAGUUACCUGGAUGAAAGAGAAUACCGAAAUCCCCAACAUUGCAAAUUACAUGGUGAAAGUGGAGGGGGAAAGAUAUACUCUGCUCAUCAAAUCGGCAAGAAUAAGUGAUGGUGGGAAAUACUGUGUGACUGCUGUAAAUCAGGUGGGCAGAGCGACCAGCAGCGCCAUCCUUCUAAUCAAAACAGAGUCGGCACAGGAGCCGAGGGGGAACUUGGGCUUGCCUCGGGAUAUCAGCAGCCCUAUCACAUCUGAUGAGGAGUAUCUCAGCCCCCUGGAGGAAGGCGUGGAUUUUGGAGGGCCGGAAGUCAGGAAAACUAUUGACACACGAUUCAGGAAACCCCCUGCAUUCCUGGUAACGAUGAGUGAUCAAGCUGUCAUUGAAGGACAGGAAGUCACCAUGUCCGUCCGAAUAAGUGGACAACCCAAACCCAUGCUCUAUUGGCUGAGGGACAGAGUCGCAGUAAAAACAGGCCCACGUCACAUCGUACGAGAGACAGAAGACGGCACUUUCAAAAUGACCAUCAAGUCAGCGGUGAAAUCUGACUCUGGGAUUUACACCUGUAAGAUCAUAAAUGAGUAUGGGACAAAGCAGUGUGAAGGAAAGCUGGAGGUAAAAGCUCCGCCAGUUGAGCCAGGCUUGGCCGUCAUCCGCCCGGUCAGAGACAUCACUGCCAAGGCCGGAGAGACGGUUCUGUUCGAGUGUCAUGUCAUCGGACCGAAGGACACUGACGUGGACUGGCUCUCCGACGGGAAACUGAUCCAGCCCGCAUUGCUCAACUGUAAGAUGCACUUCGAUGGAAGAAAGUGCCGGCUGCUGCUCAACUCGGUACACGAGGACGACAGCGGCACAUACAUGUGCAAACUCAGCACCGCUAAAGAGGAAGUGACUUCAUGUGGCAAACUCAAAGUCAUCCCUUCGAUUGAGCCGCUCUUCACCCGUAAACUGGACGUUCUGGAAGUGAUUGAGGGGCGUAACGCUCGAUUUGACUGCAAAGUCAGCGGGACGCCUCCUCCUAAGGUCAUCUGGAGUCACUUUGACCAUCCGCUCACAGAAAGUGAAGACGUUAGAAUCCUCCGGGAAGGCGGACGCCACUCUCUUUUUAUUUCUCAUGUGACCAAUGAAGAUGAGGGUUUUUACACCGUCAUAGCCCGUAACAACCACGGAGAGGCAGAGAGCUCCGCCGAACUUUACAUACAAGAACCGCGGCCGGCUAUCUCCUCACAGAUGGCUAAACUAGAGAAGAUGCCAUCGAUCCCGGAGGAGCCGGAGGUCCCAGAGAAUGAGGUGGAGCGUUUCACGAUGCCGGACUUCAUCAAACCGCUUUACGACCUGGAUGUGAUCGAGGGGAAGGAGGCGGUGCUGAAAUGUAAAGUGGCUGGUUUGCCGUACCCCACCAUCGUUUGGUUUCACAACGGCAAGCGGAUUGAGAGCACCGAGGACAGAAAGAUGACACAGUUUCGUGACGUCCACAGCCUGGUCAUCCGCUUUGUGUGCCACGCCCACGGUGGCGUAUACAAGAGCGUCAUCUCUAACAAAGUGGGCAAGGCCACCUGCUACGCUCAUCUCUACGUCACAGAUAUACUCCCUGACCCUCCGGAUGGCACUCCAGUGAUCGAGUCCAUCACCGGGAAAACCAUCACCUUAACCUGGAAGAAACCCAGGAGGCUGGACCCUUCCAUUGAUCCCAGCUCCUUGAUGUAUGCCAUCCAACAGCAAGCCCUGGGCUCCAUCCAGUGGACCAUCAUAGCUUCUGGCCUGAAGGAGACCACCUACAUCAUCACCACCCUCUCUAAAGGGGUGCGCUACGCCUUCAGGGUCCUGACCAUCACCUCCAAAGCCUUCAGCAAGCCCUCCCCCAGCACCGACUCAGUGCAGCUCCUGGACCGAGGCCCUUAUCUCCAGGAGGCUCCAGUGAUUAUUGAUAAGCCAGACAUUGUGUUUGUGAUGGAAAAUCAGUCGGUCACCAUCACUGUGACCCUCAAUCAUGUCAACGCUGCUGUCCUCUGGAAGAGGAGGGGAGCGGUCCUCUCCAGCAAGCCGGGCCUGUAUGAGAUGACCAUGCCAGAUGAUGACCAGCAAACUCUGAAGCUGCUUAAAGUGAAGAGUGCUGACAUUGGAGAGAUGACGUUUGUGGCCUCCAACGACUUUGGCAGUGAGAGCUGCACCUUCAGUGUGGAGCUGGCAGCUCCACCUACAUUUGAAACAAUCAUGGAGGACUUGGAGGUUUGUGCCGGGGAGACUCCGCGCUUUGCUGUGGUUGUGGAGGGCAAACCUGUUCCUGACAUCCUCUGGCUCAAGAAUGAUAUCCUGCUGUCGGAGAGCAGUCAUUACACAUUUGUGUACGAUGAUAAUGAGUGUUCCCUGGUGGUCCUGAAUGCUCGUCCUGAAGACUCCGGAGUUUACACCUGCACCGCCAGGAACUUGGCGGGAUCUGUGUCCUGUAAGGCCGAACUCACAAUACAUGAAGCUACACAUAAACAGGAGCCAAAGGAUGACGAGGAGACUAUUCGAAGGAAAAUGCGCAGACUGAAAGAUAACUAUGACAUUCACAAGGAAAUUGGAAGAGGUGCCUUUUCCUACGUCAAGCGUGUGACCCAGAAGGUUGGCAAGAUGGAGUAUGCUGCAAAGUUUAUCUCCACACGGGCCAAGAAGAAGGAGUCUGCUCGGAGAGAGAUGAACCUGCUUUCCAAGUUGGACCACGAGAGAGUCCUCUACUUUCAGGAUGCCUUUGAGAACAAGAAUGCAGUCAUCAUCAUCACUGAACUAUGCCAUGAGGAGAUUCUUGAGAGAUUCACAAGGAAAUCUACUGUAAUGGAGUCUGAUGUACGUUCAUGUAUAAGACAAAUGCUCGAAGGCAUGGACUACCUUCAUCAUCAGAACAUUAUACACCUGGACAUUAAGCCUGAUAACAUCCUCAUGGCAGACUCCAAAAGCGAUCAGAUCCGAAUCUGUGACUUUGGCAACGCACUGCAGGUCACACCCGACGAGGCUCAAUACUGCAAAUAUGGCACACCAGAAUUUGUUGCACCAGAAAUUGUCAGUCAGACGCCCGUGUCAAAAGCAACAGACAUCUGGUCAAUUGGAGUUAUUGCAUACCUGUUUCUGACGGGAGUUUCUCCUUUCGCUGGAGAGAAUGAUCGCAGCUCCGUGCUUAACAUCAGGAACUAUAACGUGGCCUUCGAAGAGAGCAUGUUUGCUGACCUUUGCCGAGAGGCUAAAGGUUUCAUCAUAAAGCUGCUGGUAGCAGACAGGCUGAGACCUGAUACUCAAGGAUGUCUCAGACACCCGUGGUUCAAGAUACUUAGCAAGGGGAAGACCAUAAGUACAGAGGCCCUGAGGAAGUUUGUAUCACGCAGAAAAUGGCAGCGUUCACUCAUCAGCUAUAAAUCAAAAAUGGUCAUGAGGUCCAUACCUGAGCUGCUGAAUGAUUCCUCCAGCCAUAUCUCCAUUGCAGUCCCCAGGCACCUUAAAGAAAGUUCACCUUUGCCAUCCUCCUCCUCAGAUUCUAAUGAAGACAUCGAUGAACUGCCAUUUAUUCCAAUGCCUCUUAACAUGGAGUUUUCUGGUUCAAGGAUUUCACUGAAUGACAUCCAAACCAAUGAGCAAGAAACUGGGAAGCAGGAGGGUAAAAGUAAGUUGCCUGGGUCUCCUAUUCAAGGCCAGGAAGCAAUGGAGUGUGUCACCAAGGAAAUGGAUCAAGAAGGGGUUGAAAUAACAAGUAAAGGUCGCCUGCGUAAAAGGUCGCCACAAGACAAUGAUAAAGGUUCCUCAGAUGAAGAGUCACCCGCUGAAUUGCCACAAAAGUCACAGAUGAAUAGAAAACCCCUACGCAGGGGUUCGAGUAUGGACUCUGACAAACCAGACAAACCAGAAGGAGGACGGCGAAGAGGAGAGCUAAGACGUGGAGGCUCUGCCGACAGUGCAUUGCUACUCAAAAUUACACCCGAGGAAGGAACUGGAGAAGGAAUCCAAGAGGAUGGAAGGAGAGUUCUGAAGAAAGCCGUCUCUAUGGAGCUACCAAGGAGGAGCACCAGUCCAGGAACUGCCAACAUGAGUCAAGAAGACUAUGCUCUUAAACUGGAGAUGAUGAGACAGCGGCUGCUUCGUGGAGGCUCUGUAGACAAAAAGUUGAGUGGACUCAGAGGACCUCUGUUGGAAACAUUAGGAAUGGGAGAUGAAAAGCGUGCAAUAUCUUCAGAUCGCUACUCUCGUGCUGCUCGUUUGGGCCCACCCCCGCUAAUUAGAGCUGCAUCUAGCGAUUCUGCAAUGGAUGAUGAUACAAAACCCAAAAUGUUGCGCAAAACGGCUUCUUUCAGUCAGGGUGAUUCAGAACCCAUAGCUCUACAUCGCCGGUUAGGAGCUCCCUUGGAGAUUCCUUUGGCACAGGUGGAAGAGAGAAGGCUUAAGGAGGCUAUAUCUAUGUCAUCUCUCACUGAGCAGAUCAAGCUAGAUUCCCGUCCAGUGACCCCCAGGGAUCCUUCGCCAAAACCGCCAACACCAGAGUGUGUUGUGCAGGAAAGUCCAACCAAAGUGGAAAGCGAGGAGCCUUUCAUGGAGAAGGAGAUAAAGCCUGAUGACAAUAUGAAUGAAAAGAUGGAAGCCACAGAUAGUAAUUUUGAUGAGAGAUCGAGCACUAGUGGUUUCUCAGAGAAGGACAUGAGCAUAUCAGAAGAACCGAUGAUUGAAUCAGAGUACACGGGCCAGAGAAUUCCUACACCACCUGUUGUGGUUCAAAGCUCUACACCAGAAGAAAAAAUGGAAGAAGAACAAGUGAAAGAAGAUGUGAAAGAACACAAAGAUAUAAUGAAAGAAGAAGAAAGAAUUGUCAGUACUGUCGAAGAAAAAGUUGAAGAAGAAGAAAAUAUGCCUGCUCAAUCUUCUGAUAUGAUCAUAACCACAAGCUCAGUUACGGUGAGACCAACACAGGAGUAUUCCCAUCCAUCAGCAAUGGUUAUGCCAACUUAUCUAACACCCUCUGUUCCUGUAGUAACUUUAGCAGAUGGAAGGACUUCAGCAUAUGCAAGCAUUAUGCAGACCAUCAUGGUCCCUGCAGUUCAGCCUUUAAAGGACCAACCUUUAAGCCCCUCUACACCUGUUGUGGUUCAAGCCAUUAUGUCACCCUCAGUAUCAAGUGUACCCAUAUAUUCACCUGCUAGCAUGGCCUCUGCUUUACCCGGUCAACCAAAGCCAACCAUUAUAUCCACCACUGAGCACCCUGCUGUAUUCUCCAGGGUAGCGUCACCAGAAAUGAUGACAAAAGAACCCAGUCCACCAAGGACUACCACACAUUCCUCAUCCCAACAAGAGACCCCAGCAGGAGUUGACUUUCCGGACAUUUCCUCUGAAGAGGUCUUUGAGGCCCGCUUCAAAAAACGUGAGUCUUCCCUCUCAAGAAGUCUAAAGUUUCUGUCCCGGUCAAAGAAUGAGGACAAACCACAAGCAAUGUCAUCGGACUCCGCAGAGUCAGGCGAAGAGAUAUACAGACCUGGGCCAAUUGGUGCGCCUUUGGAAUUGGCACAGAGGAGACUUGAGAAGUCCAAGUCAGUCCAGGACCUUCGUGAAGCUCAAAAGGACCAAGGCUUUAUGAGAAGGCUCUCUAUGCGCUUGAAGAGAGCGCCCUCAGCUGAACGCAAGGAAGAAGCGACCAAAGAAGAAGAUUCUUCAAGACGUAGGCUUUCUUGGACUCUCGGCAGAAGAGGGUCACAGGAAAAGAAGGAACCGGAGGUGGCGCACCAAGAUAGUGAAGGUAACGUGUUGUUGGAACAAGAUGAAAAGGAGGUCAAGAAACCUAAUGAAUCCCCGGUCCUGGCGAUGCGCAGAAAGAUUGAAUCGACGGUGGCUGGGAUCUCCACAAGAAUUCGAAGCUACUCAGAGGAAAGGAAAGCAUCAGAAGACAAGGACACCAAGAGGACGCCCAUUCUUUCCAUGCUUCGUCGUGCAACAUCAGAAAGCCGAGCUCCGAAAGUUGCCAGUGUUCCUCAGAACCAGCUGGCAGCUCAGGCCAGUAAUGGCGCGUCUUCAGAGUCUCUAGACUCUAUGGCCAGCCUAAAGUCAGAAGCAAAGGCUGCAGAGGGUGAGCGCAGAUCACGCUGGGAUCGUUGGGGCCUGACCAGAGGAAGGCGUGACAAGACAGUAUCACAGCCCGACAUACCAACAGCAAUCUCCAGAGAAAAUAGUUCUAUACGUUCACGCCAUUACUCCAAACUGGCUUCCGAUUUCCCUCCAGUAUUUCACAUCAAGCUGAGAGAUCAUGUCCUGCUGGAGGGAGAUCCGGUCACACUCAGCUGUCUGCCAGCCGGCAGCCCCCACCCACACGUCCACUGGAUGAAAGAUAAGAAGCCCCUGGAGAUUGACACCAGGAUGAACAUGAUCGCCUGCCCUGAUGGCCGACAGCUACUGAUGAUCAUGCAGACCACCAAAAAGGAUGCAGGGGUCUAUGAAUGUGUUGCUACCAACCCCCUGGCAGCAGUGUCCAGCUCUUGCACAAUAUCUCUUGCUCGUCUGCCAAACCGUCCUGGGACCCCUGAAAUACCUCAGAAGUACAACAACACAGCCUUGGUAGUCUGGAGGCCCUCAGACACAAUGGCCCCCUGCACAUACUCUCUGGAGAGAAAAGCAGAGACUGAGACUAACUGGCUGAUCGUGGCUACAGGGGUGGCAGACUGUUAUUUCAAUGUGUCUGACCUGCCAGCAGGGGCCGCCUUCAGGUUCAGGGUGGCAUGUGUGAACAAAGCUGGACAGGGCCCGUACAGCAACCUCUCAGAGAUAGUAAGCCUGGAAGCUUCAGAACCAGUUAAGUCCAGUGCCACUGUUGUUGUGAAGACAGUCCCCUCAACGACUCCUCCUGCCCCUGUGGUGAUGAUGUCAUCCAUGAAAGUGCCUCCCAUCAAACCUGCUUCCAAUAAAUCCUCCCCGGUAACAACUGCCCCUCCCUCGACUUCAGCUCCCGCUCCUGCUUCAUCUGUGGCUCAAUCUGCCUGUACAGUGACCACUGUGCAGGUUGAUGCUGUUACUCCACCCGUUACCACAGCUCCAACCACCACAGCUGCCCCAGCCAAAGCCAAGAGCACCUUGAGCAUCAGCAUGAGCAAACCCCAGACCAAACUGGCACCUCCCCCUGCUGUCCCACCCAAACCUCAGAGUCCUGUGCCCCCCUCAACCAGAAAAACACCUUCUCCUCUACCACCACCUGCACCUGCCAUAGGGAAACCUAUUUCAUCCAUUCCAAUGUAUGCGCCGGCUGUGAACGCGCGGGUUACUCCACCUUCCCAACCUAGUUCCACCCCGGCAACCAUCACCCUUACAGUUACCCCUGUGACCGUCUCACCUCAUGUGACCGUCUCAGCACCUGUGAUCAUCUCCCCGCCCGUAGUGGUGGUGCAGAGCUUGACACCACUAGUGCAGGGAGGGGACAACCGCGGUACCCCAUCAGGACGAGUCACACCAUCAGGACGGGCAACACCUUCGGGGCGCAGGACGCCAUUGGGGAGGCCUGGAGAGGGAUCCCUUCGCCUGGGAGUUCCACAGAAGCCUUACACCUUCAUGGAUGAGAAAGCAAGGGGUCGGUUCGGUGUGAUCCGUGAGUGCCGGGAGAAUGCCACAGGAAAUCUCUUCAUGGCUAAGAUCGUUCCCUACGAGGGGGACAACAAACAGACGGUGCUCCAGGAAUACGACAUCCUCAAAUCCCUUCACCACGACAGGAUCAUGGCUUUGCACGAAGCUUACGUCACACCGCGCUACCUGGUGCUCAUCUCCGAGUACUGCAGCGGGAAGGAGCUGCUCUUCAGCCUCAUCGACAGGUUCCGUUACUCGGAGGAUGAUGUGGUCACCUAUAUCGUACAGAUCCUCCAGGGUCUUGAUUACCUCCACACACGACGCAUCCUCCACCUGGACAUCAAGCCAGAGAACAUCAUCAUCACCUACAUGAACGUCAUCAAGAUCAUCGACUUCGGCAGCGCUCAGAAUUACAACCCGCUCUUCCUCAAGCAGUUCAGCCCUCCUAUUGGAACCCUGGAGUAUAUGUCUCCGGAGAUGUUGAAGGGGGAUGUGGUGGGUCCUCCAGCUGACAUCUGGAGCGUGGGCGUGCUGACCUUCAUCAUGUUGAGCGGCAAGUCGCCUUUCAUUGAAAUUGAUCCUCAGGAGACUGAAGCCAGGAUCCAGGCGGCCAAGUUUGACCUCUCUAAACUCUACCAGAAUGUGUCCCAAAGUGCCUCUCUGUUUCUUAAAAAGAUCCUCUGUAGCUACCCCUGGGCCCGUCCCUCCAUUAAGGACUGCUUCAAUAACUCCUGGCUCCAAGACGCUUACCUGAUGCGGCUCCGCAGGCAGACCCUCACCUUCACCACCACCCGUCUCAAGGAAUUUUUGGCCGACCAGCAGCGCAGGCGAGAGCAGGUAGCCACCAAGCACAAAGUCCUGCUGCGGUCCUACCAAAGCUCGCCACAGACCCCCACCAGCCCCUCCACGCCAAAUGUGCCAACCACACCCACCACACCUAUCACCCAGUGAACACAGGCUUCCAGACACGGAAUGUCAGGAGGGGGUGGGGGGCAUCCUCAGAGCGACACGAGACUUUGGGCCGCAGGAUGGGAUGGUCCCUUCAGGAUGGAGUUGUUGAACUUGAAAAGAAAACUCUACAAACCAGCAGUGGCAGCAGAGGCUUCACUACUUUUCUUUUGUGAAUCUAAAGUAUGAUUUCACACCUAAGGGAACUCUUCUAAAGUCACAAGAGCCUGACUGUAUUUUUUAUAUGGUGGACCUUGUUCACACAAGGCAGGAUGUUGUCUUCAAGUUAGUACCUCAAGGUUUAUAACAUUUUGGAUAAAUCAUUUCUUACUGUCAACUCUACUAGAGGGAAUGCAUAUUGGUACAUCGUGAUGACCCACCGUGGGAGGCCUGAAAUAACGGUAAUAGAAGUUUGAUGUUUUAAUCACGUUUUUCACCACUUUCCAAAAAUAAUGAAGCACAAUUUCAAAGCCUGGAGUGCUAAAACAAUUGAUGCCGUGUUUCCCUUUAUCUGUUAGUCUCAUAUUCAAAUGUUUCCCGCCAGGGUUUCAUUCUAUGAUGGCUAAUUUUGCGUCCAUGAUUAAUCACUAAAGCAGUGUUAUCCGUGUUGCAGAACCUGAGUUUUUAUACUGCUGUAGCAUCUUGAAGAUUGUAGCAUGUCCGGUUACUUUUCAAAUUCAGAGGACAUAUGAGAUGAUUUUUUACAAGGGCUAUUAGAAAGGGACUCGUAUCAGCACAAAACACUUCCCCUUAUGAUACUCAUUCGCUCAUUCAAAAUCAGAUUUUUAUUUUGCAAUUUGUAAUAAAACUUUAUAUUUAGCACCACUCUCAAGCAGCACAUUAGCUUCUAGUUUAGCUAGGUUCUUCAAGUAUUCCAGUUUAUAGGAUCUGGAGUGAUAAGCUAUAUUUAUCCCAUCUCUGAGUUUACUAACAAGAAGUUUACAAGUUUGCUGAGUCAGUCAGCUAGUGUAUUUGCAGACUCUGUAUACAGCACUUUGCUUGCUAUACAAGAUCAUUGUCAUGAUGAAUUAUUCAGGGGGGGGUUAGUGUUAAAGUGAAUCACUUUAGAAGCCCACUGGUGAUGCUGGGGUUCCUCCAAGUGCCCUUAACCAGUUAGCAUAAAAAAUAGCCUCUCCAAUUAACUGAGAAUUGAUAUUUAUGAAGACAUUAGCGAGUGGUUUAGUUCUUUUUGUGGCUCUGUUAUUCAAUUGCUAACAGCUACCGCUUUAAAAUAGAGGUUUGAUUUAAUUAGAUUUUAUACAUUAUUUCUAAAAUGGCCAAUUCUUGAAUAAAUAAAGUUAGGUAAGAUUGAAGAUGGUGAUUAUCCCAUUAAAAAAUGUAUUAAAUUGUUAUUCCCUUAAUAAAGAGUCAUACAACUUGUUUUCGAGCCCAUCCAACUUACAAAACACAGUGAUCAACAUAUAAACAUCAAAACAUGCAGCUCUAGGAAAUAUUAUAAUUAAUUAAUUAUCUUUGUAGGAGACACUCAUAUCCAGCAUUCUAUAUAUGAGAUAUGUUGAGGAUUGUACCUCAAAAUAAAUGUAUGACAUAAUAUUGUUUUUUAAAAAAAAUCAUCUUCAAGAAGAAGCAAAUGAGGGAUUGACUUUUUAAACAGUUGCAGAAUGGUUAUAUAUUACAUAUUUCUUUUUGCCCCUUAUAGCAUAAAACGUGACCUCUUCAGGGACAUUUUGAAGAUUAUAAUUCAACGCAUACUGAUAUUGGCCCUUAGGUUGGAUUGGAAGUAGAAUAUGACUCUGCGGCAUAUUGGUGUUUAAUGUCUGUCCCAAAAACGAUUGUGUGAAUGCCUUAUAUCCACUAUUGUUUUAAUUAUUUGUUCUGGAAUUCUAUCCUGGGGCGUCGGUACCAGCACAUCUGCUUUGACACAACAUUUCUCUGAAUCAGUGAUUUUUUCUCUAGUUAUUAAACAGCUAAGUUGUAUUGUUUCUUUCAUGUUGCUUUGCCUUGUCAGGGUAAAAUCAGUGUUAAAACCAGCAUGUGAAACUUUUGCACAAAUGUCAGAUUUUUGAUCACCUUGUGUUUAUAUAAGGUACGGAUUUGCACACUAAACAUGACACAAAAAAGUAAAAAGGACUUACAGUCAAGGACUGAAUGGUCUUUCAUGACAAUAUUACUUACAUAUAUAUAUACAUACAUUGCAUAAAACUGUGUCAAACAUCCAGCUAAAUCCCUAUUUGUUUUAAUCUGAGAUUGUUUGUAAUCCUAUGAAAUUAUUUUGCUAAUUCUAUAUAUUCUAAUGUACGGAAGAUGAUUAGUGCCACAUGUUACAAUGCCACAUCCUCUUCCGUAUGCUAUUUCAAGGUAAAUACUGCCCUUCUCUGCAACCCUUUUUUCAUUUCCCUAUAGGCAGAGCAAUGUUUUAAAGCUUAAAAAAGAGAUACAAGAUCAGCAUGAGUGCAAUUUUGCGUUCAAUUCUCAACGUCAAUAUAACACAUGUGCAAUAUAUUACAUUCUUUAAUCAUAAAGAAAUUGCAACUAUUUGUAAGCAGACAACAGGGUUAGGAAAAAAACAUGUUGAAUGCUCCACAUUUUGUAAUAAAAUGCCGUAUGUUGUGUAAUGUGUUGCAGUGCCGCGUGAUGGAUAUUAGACCCACAGAGAAAAUAGAUUUGUUACAGGAAUGAGAAGUUAUUUUGGAUUAUAUGAAUGUGACUGCUUCGUGUGUGUUUCGCAAUUUGUUUAUUUAUUGAGUGACUGUGUUUGUUAAAGCUGCUGCUUAUUAUUUUGUCACCCUUCUGAAUCUGGCAUGGAAAAAAGGCAUGACAGCUGUUACGGCUAUGAACAAUAAAGGAAAUUUGACAAAAA